AUGCUCCAGACUCUUAACAUUCUCGCCGAGACUAUCAUUUGCAAUUUUUAUUUGGCUUCUCGCACUGUCAAUUUUGUCAAUAUUUUCACCAAGUGGCUUACUCUUAUCUUCCAACGCAUCAUAAACAUCUUGAGCCUUUCCAAUCGCUCCUUGGAGCACUCUCUUGGCCUGCUCAUUCCACUUGUCCAAAUUGCCAUGGACAGUAUUCAGACUUUGAUUAACUCCCUUAAUUCUCUUAUUGGCGUCAACAAUUUUGUUAACAUUCUUGCUCAAUUCAGCGUGGACGUCCAACUUACUGUAAGCCUCUUCCGCUUUUUGCUGGGCCUUUUGGCGGAUGUCCUCCGCGGUGGAGAUCCAAUUACUAAGGCUGUCGACUUGUGUUUUCAGUUGUGA